UUCACCCGAGCAGCAGCCCAUCACGACAUGCUAAGGUUGACCACGUGACGUAAAUGUGCCAAGCGUUUUAAUGAAUGAGUUGAUAAAACUUUUGACAUAACCUGACUGUCAGCCGCGAGUGUUAUUUCCACGCAGCGUCGGCAGAGAGCAGCGCAGGCUCUCUCCAUCUGCCUGAUUCAUGUGAUACCUACUGGUCUGUCACAGUGGCUGACAGGGACUGGCAAGCUGGUACACUUUUUGGGAAUAACAUGUCUCUGUAUCGAAAUGCUAUCUGGUUUUUGAAUGGAAUUCACCAAUAUACAAGGAAGGGACAUGGGACAGCGUCUAAAGACUUCAACCCCCAAGACCUGAAUGUGUCUGUAGUGGGAAGGUCUUUUAUGAUCACCGGAGCCAACAGCGGAAUUGGCAGAGCGACAGCCAUGGCUAUAGCCAAGAAAGGCGGGACAGUCCACUUGGUGUGCAGGAACAAAGAUAAGGCAGAAGAGGCCAGGGUGGACAUUGUCAGUGAGUCUGGGAAUACGGAAGUAUACAUCCAUGUAGUGGACAUGUCAGAGACACGCAAAGUCUGGGAGUUUGCAGAGGCCUUCAAGAAGCAGUAUCCAUCCUUGAAUGUGUUGAUAAAUAAUGCAGGGUGCAUGGUGCACAAGAGAGAGGUGAAUGCUGAGGGGCUGGAGAGGAACUUUGCCACCAAUAUUAUGGGGGUGUACAUCCUCACCCAGAGUCUCAUACCACUUCUACAGAAGAGCCGGGAUCCGAGGGUGAUCACUGUGUCCUCGGGAGGCAUGCUGGUCCAGGAACUCAGAGUUAAUGACUUGCAGUCAGAGAGGGGCCGCUUUGAUGGUGUCAUGGUCUACGCCCAGAACAAGAGACAGCAGGUGGUGCUGACACAACAGUGGGCCAAAGCCAACCCGGUCAUUCACUUUUCUGUGAUGCAUCCAGGCUGGGUAGACACACCAGCUGUUUCUACAUCAAUGCCUCAGUUCCACCAGAGGAUGGGGGAGAGGCUGCGUAGUGUAGAGCAAGGAGCUGACACUGUUGUGUGGUUGGCCUUGUCUAGAGCUGCUGCCAGAACACCCAGCGGCCAGUUCUUUCAAGAUCGCAGGCCUGUUCCCACCCACCUGCCUCUGGCCUGGACUCACAGUUCUGCUGAGGAGAUUCAGAGUUUCAUGACUCAGCUGGAGACUCUGGCCAAAGCCAUUCAGUCACAACCUGAUGCAAAGCCUGACAGCUCUUCCAGCCCUCACUUGGUCUGAACUGUGAUAUUAAUGUUGCACCAUAUGUCACGAAUCCAGUAAAGCAUUAGUUACAGUAAGAUCAAUAUCUGAAACUAUUGGCAUAUUUGUCAUGCUUAUUCUUCUUUGUCUAAUGCACCUCCUAAUUUUACCCAUUUAUUUAAAACUUAUUUUUCAGGACAGUGCAUAGCUCAGUGUCACCUUAUAUCUGUGAUGUCAACGUGUCAUCUGGACUGCAUUGAACAUGUAAUUAACUAUUGAUUUGUAGACAAAAGUCAUUGAUUUGGAAUUAACAUCUCAUUAGCAGUUACUGAAUGCAUGUGCAAUGCAUGACAAAACAUGGUUAUAUCUGGUUACCUGUAAACACGUGCAUGUCUGUAAUGUAUGUGAUAAAACAGGAUUCCAUUGAGGAUCACACAUGGAAGUGUAUUUGUGUCUGAACAGUAGUCUGCAGUGCUGACAUCUUAGAUGUGCAGUAGUUACUGUUCCGCUUUGUGCUGACACUUCUGAAGUUAUUAGAUAUUUGCAUUAAGUGGUAAUUAUAAUGGAACAUUAAAAGCCCAGUCUGAUGAAUGUAAUGUGAGAAAUUGCACGAUCUUCACAAUGAGCAAAACUGGUCUCAAUAUUGCCAUUUUCUUCAUGUAAUAUUUUAUGAAGUUUUAAUUAGAGUAGAUAACAGUUCUGGGUCCUUUUUGGACAUAGCACCUGGACAGAACAGACAUUUCAUACUGACUGCAGUGUGAAAAUCACAAUAAAGUAAGUAUGUAAGAGUCAAA